CCGGCCCCGGGACAUCCAUUGAUCCACCGGAUAAACACUCCAUCUCUCCUGCUGACAUUGCAGCAUGUAAAGACAACCCCUGAGCGUUUCGACGAGCUGUUUGCGCUGUAGUUGUUUAAGGGGAAACUAACGGGAGACGAUCAGAAACUCCAGAGGGAGCUCCAGAACUCAGCACCGCGACAAGAUGAGCAGCGUCUGUCUCGCUGUGCACGUGCUGCUACUGUGGGGGUUCCUCAGGGCUCAGCAGCUGCUGCUGCCCGGCUCCUGCAACUUUGAGCUGGGCACCUGUGGCUACACAUCAGACCCGGAGUAUGGCAUCUGGAGCAUGAAUGAAGAAGGUCACUUGAUAACAGUGGACUCAGCCUUCCUAGAUGACCAGGAGCAGGCAGUCCUUGUCAGUCCAGUUCUGGACCAGCAUGACUGGAGCUGUGUGAGGCUGGUGUACCAGAUCACUGGACGGGGUUCCCUGCAGCUCCACCUCAGACCACAUGGUGAUAACUUUGACUACCGGUUUUGGACUGCCAAUGAAGCCUCUGACAGCUGGCUCAUUGCCAGCGUGGACCUGCCCAACACCACAAUACCCUACCAGCUUUUGCUGGAAGGUCGACCUGAACGCAGCCCAGGGAACAGCGUGGCCAUCUUUGAAAUCCACAUUGUUCCUGGUUACUGUAUAGAGUGUAACUUUGAGGAGCAUCACCUGUGUGGCUACAGCAACAGCUGGAACCCAAAUGUUAACUGGUACGUUGGGGGGAACGUGGUCCGAGGGCCGGAGUCCAACUUGCUGGAACACCACAACAACAACAACAACCAGAGAGGUCACUACAUGUAUGUGGACUCGGUGUACGCCAAGCACUUCCAGGAAGUAGCCAAGCUGACCUCGCCCAUGACCACGGUGGCCAUGGCUGGCUGCCUGUCCUUCUACUACCACAGAGACCAGGAGAGGGGGAACAUCUUCUCCGUCUUCACCAGAGACCAGCUGGGUCACUAUGAGGAGCUGUGGAGGCCCGAGGUCUAUGCUACUCCUGGCUGGACUCUGGUCAGCGUGGACAUCAAGGCUCCACACCCCCUGGAGGUGGUGUUUGAGGUGGCCUUUAACAGUGCCAGAGGUGGAAAUGUGGCCAUAGAUGACAUCUCCUUUUCUCCUGAGUUCUGCCACACUGACACAGAGCCAACCUUUGACCCUUCUAUAGCCAACUGUGACUUUGAGAACGGACUGUGUCUGUACUAUCAGGAGAAAACAGAGAGUAAGGUGUGGAGCAGAGUUGCAGUGAAACCUAAUGUCUUCAGGAUAGGAGACCAUACCACAGGAACAGGCUGCUUCCUGCUGGCGAAUCCUCAUUUCACCUCCAGGUCUGACUACGUGGGUCGGCUUCAUGGACCCUUAUUACCGGGGAACCACAAAUACUGCCUGAGGUUCUACUACCUGCUUCAUGGAUUUAGAAAAGUGGACAAUGCUCUGGUUCUUUACAUUUAUGAUGAGAACAAUGUGGCUCAGGAGAAGGUGUGGAGCCUCGCUGACACGUCCAGAGCUGUAUGGAGUCAGGUGGAGAUCACCUACAUGAAGCCCAUGCUGUCCAAGGUCGUGUUUGUUAGCAUAUGUAAGAACUUCUGGGAAUGUGGCCUCGCAGCCAUCGAUGACAUCACUGUGAGUCUCGGGGACUGUCAAAUCUCAGCAGGCUCCGUCCCAGGCCAGUGUAACUUUGAAAGUGGAGUCUGUGGCUACAUCCAGGACAAGAAAGAAGACAAAGCCGACUGGCUGCGAGUCCGAGGACACACCCCCACCUCCUAUACAGGACCCAGAGGAGACCACACUACUGGGGUGGGUUACUUCAUGUACAUCGAGGCUUCACUGAUGCGUCCGGGUCACAAAGCUCGCCUGCUGACCUCUGACCUGCGGGGAGCCUCGUCCCCUCAGUGUUUGAUCUUCUACUACCACAUGUAUGGAUCUGGCUCCGGCAUACUGAGCGUGCUUCUGCGCGACGGCAGCAGAGAGCGGGACACGUUGCUGUGGAGACGGCGUGGGGAGCAGAGUAUCAGCUGGAUGAGAGCAAUGGUCGACUACCACUGUGAUGUCCGACACCAGGUUAUAUUUGAAGCCAUCCGAGGCCCAUCACUACGAAGUGAUAUCGCUAUUGAUGACAUUCAAUUUAAAAGGGGACCGUGUGAAGAUCCUGGUGACACUGCUCCAUACUCAGGCUCCUCAGAGUAUUUCAAUGAGAUCGAGAACUGAGAGUGGCGGGAAGUCUUUCUGUAUGAAUGUGUUUGGCUGAGUGGCUUUCAGAAGUGUGAAUGCGAAUAAUCCACUGAGACAAUUUACAAAGUUGUAGAGCAAUGCUUAUGUAGCAGCCCUUCAUGUCCCAGUCUAGUCAUUUUUUAUGUUUGUACUUUAAUUCAAUGUUUCCCAGGGCAUUGUUUAAGAUUAUGCAAUAAGAGCACACACUGGGAAAUGGUUGUGAUUUUUCCCUGUGAAAAUAUCAUAAAUUAACAUCCGACAACAGUUGCACCUCAUUCUCAUAACACUCAAAGACACAACAACAAUCCAGUGUUAAGGCCUGUUGACACUAUGCACAAGAAGUCAUACGAAUGUUUGCAAAAUAUUCCAUAGGUCAAUGAGAAAUGCUGUUUGAGUUGCAAAGCAUUACUGCUUUGACAUUUUCAUUCAGAGCUCAGAUAUAAUCUACUUCUUCACAAAUGCACAUGGACAAUUCCUUGUUUAGAAAUCAAGAAUGUUUUGGUUCAGGUGUGAUCUGGAUCUACAGAGGUAAACCAACACAUACACUUCUAAAACAAACCUCAAACUUGAAAGGAAGUUUUCUUUGCUCCUUUCAUUCAUUCAUUGGGCAAAAAUCAGGCAACUUAAAGUCAAGUAAAGUAAUCCAGUGUUGGAGUAUUGCAAUUCCAUGCAAAGUAGAUAGACAGAUAGCAGAUACACAGCCUCAUUCAAACUCCAGAGACACUUUCUGUUUGCAUGGAGCAUUACUAGUGAGGGCCCUGGGGCUCUGCUCAUUUCUCUGAUUUGUGCUACAUCUCAUCUUCCUUCUGUCUUCCUGCCUGUGACCCAGAAAUCAUUCUCAGCACACUGUCUCAAAGAAUGUCUCAGUUCCAUCUAAAAUGCGUCUUGAGGACACAGGAGCGAGGAGGGAUUGCUGGAGGAGCUAUGAGCAGAGAUGCACAGGUGUAUCCUUUGCAGAAGUCUUUUCAAAUCAAUCAAUAAAAAUUACUUUAUUUAUCCCAAGGGGGAAUUCAGUUAGUCUGGUAGAGUCUCCGUUGGAAUGAGACAGCCUGAUGGCUGUAGGAGAGAAGGAUCUUUUGAAUCUCUCCGUCCUGCAACAGAGAGAGGAGCCGUCCACUGCUGUUUUUUUGGUCCAUAAAGGUUUUGUGUAGCAGAUGAUCUGGGUAUUUCAGGAUGGACUAGAACAUGUUGACAGGUCAUCUCUCCACCACCUCCUCCAGUGUGUCCAACCUGGCUCCAACCACAGAACCAGCUCUUUAGACCAGUCUGAUCAUCUCUGUGUCUGAUGCUGCCUCCCCAGCAGACUGCAGCAUAAAACAACACACUACCACCACAGACUGAUAAAACAUCUGCAGCAUCUUACUACAGAUGUCCAGAGAUCUGAGCUUCAAGAAGAAAAAGAGGCGGCUCCGCCACUUUUUGUAGAGAGCGUCUGUGUUUAGGGACCAGUCCAACUUAUUAUCCAGGUAUACACCUAGAUACUUAGAACUUGGCACCACCUCCAUGUCCACCCCACAGGUAUUCACUGGCUGAAGGGGGGCUUGAACCUGAGGAAAUCUCUGAUCAUUUCCUGAGUCUUUGAGGUGUUCAGUAGGAGAUAGUUCUUGUGACUCCAGUCACUGAAGGCUUUUAUCAGAUCCCUAUAUUCAGAUUCCUGUCCAUUCCUGAUACACGCCACAAUAGCAGUGUCGUCCGAGUACUUCUGGAUGUGGCAGGACUCAGAGUUGUAUUUGAAGUCCGCUGUGUACAGCAUGAACAGGAAUGGAGCCAGAACAGUGCCUUGUGGAGCCCCUGUGCUGCUCAUUAAUGUCCCAGAAACACAGUUCCCCAACCCGACAUACUGUGGUCUUCCUGUCAGGUAAUCUGUGAUCCAGGAGAUGAAGGAAAUAUCCACUCUCAUCUCUGUGAGCUUGUUUUUGAGUAUGUUGGGUUGGAUGGAGUCACGUCUCUUCCUUACCUCCUCUGCUUGUAUCCCAGGAGGGGGGGGACUUAGAUGUGAGGAAAGGAGGCAAAGAAAGGAACCGGUGAUGUAAAAAAUGGUUAAUGAGUAGGGUAGAUGUCUCAUUCUUGAAAUGAGGGUAGAAAAAGAGAUGUCAUUGGGUCAAAUGGCAUCAUAUCAUUGUGGUACAACACACGUGCAGUAAAAUCUGGUCUGCAUUUGCACUGCACUGGAAGGUUCUGUCAGUCUGUGCACACCCCAUGAAUAUCUGAGAGGAAACCAUCCCUUUGUCCCUUUGUCUUGUACCAUCUGCUGUUACCCUCCAGCAUCACAGCUCCAGUUUGCUCUCCUCUUUCUAACCUUGGAAGCCUGUAUUACCACUUGCUUCUUCACUACCUUUGCUGGCCCAUGACUGAUUCUUGGGGUGUUACUGCCACCUGUUGAUCAGUGGGAUAACCUGAUGCUGCCAGACGGUUUAUUACACAGUUUGAUUAGAAACAGAUGUCACAAGGUAUUUAGACUUGUUUGUUCACAGAGUUGUACCCAUGUAUUGACUUUGUCAUGUAACAUCUGUGAAGUGGCUCUUUAAAACUGAUCUGUCUAUCUUGGGCCCUGAACUGAAAGGUAGAAAAUAUGUACAGUAACAUUAAGAGUAAUAAGAACAGAUCAAAUGUUUGUUAUAGGCUGGUUCUCUCUACAGUCCAGGUAAAUAAAGGUCCCAGCACUUUAAGCACAAAAUUACACUUGGAAAUAGCAUACAGUGAACAAACAGUUGAUUGUGCUGUGUAGCAUGGGUUUGACAACUGCUCCUUGGUGUAAUUUGUAUUAAAGAAUUUAACUUGAAUGUUAUAUAUAUUCUUCUAUUGUCAACAAAUCCCCUUCGUAAGACCAAAUUGUGUUAGUGCAGGGGGGGGUGCUCUAGAUGGUGAAAAUGAUAGGAAGUGCCUUAUUGGUUGCCCUUUACACAUGAAAAAAAUUAUUGAGUGCCUUCUAGGGUACCCCUUCAGAUAAUAAAUUAUGAUGAUGUGCACUCAAGAGCAAGAAUAUGGCAAACUGAAAAAACAUGUCGUGGUUAGCUAAUGAGGUGCAGACGUUCCUCUCUUUGGUAGCCGGCGAAUGGGUAAUGCGAAAGGCGUUGCUUUACUUUUGGCGUCGUUAUGACGAAUGUGAGUUUUUUCCUCUCAUUUAGCUCUCAAGGUGCACAAGAUUGAUGCAUUUUACUUAAAAAUGUACAAAUUUUCUCCCGGGGGGCAUGCCCCUGGGACCCCCCUAGAUGGUUCAGUUCGAUGGUUUGAAUUGUCAGUACCAUAUCAUUAACUACUUUGAUCUGGAUCCCCUUUAACUUAAUGCUAAUCAUAAUCAAGGAUGAGGACUGUUUCAUCAUACAUCAUGCAUUAUAGCUUUUUGCGUGCUGGUGGGGCCCCAUGUUGUGCAGAAUGUGCCCUCUUUUUUUUUUCGCCCCUGCCCUUCAAAUAGCCUGAGUCCGCCACUGCAACUGAGGUGUAAAUCUUUGAAAGAAAAACACCUUACACAACUUCACAAUCAGGAGCAGGUGGUCAAUUUGUUGGGGAUUAUUUUCACGGUUGGAUUAAUCUUCAUUUGGUGUUCUAGUGAGUAUUCGUGGCAGCAGGAUAGUCAAAAUGAACUACAGUCAUGAUGGAGUCACUCAAUUAUGUGUUUUCAACAACAAUGGAGCUCUGAGUUACAAACAUUGCCAGCCUCAUUAUAUAAGCACACAUGAUUUCUAUUGAGGAAUUCUUAAAUAGUUGAUUGUGCUAAGGGAGGUCCUAGCUCAACCUAACUCACGUUGAGACCAUGAAAGAACAGAAUGUUGCAUAGUGCUAUCGGGCCUUGACUGCUGUGCACAACACCUCCAGGUAAACAUUAGGAAUAGGCAAUAAUCCCUUCCUAUAUUGCACUGUUGUUUGUUUAUUAGCUUUGUUCUGUAUAUAUUUGUUUAUUGUGUUAUGUUUGUUUAAUGUUUGAGGUCCAGGACAUGGAGUCAGGAAGUCUUUUGUAAGGAGCACAAAGUCGCAUGGCUAUGGACAAGUGUCAAGUUUGAUUGCUAAUACCAUACAAUUGUGCUGAUGUUUCUCACAUAUCUCAUCUCAGAAUUUAACCAAGGCUGUGUAGGUUAAUUUUUCAUCAGAUUUCACGCAAUAAUGUUUUAUGUUAGUUUCACUGUGACAAAGGAUUUGAAUCCAGCUUCAGUCUUCAGUCACAAUCUAUUAGCAGUUAACAGUUAUUGGUCACUUUUUGGAGGGAGAUUCUCUGUCAUCAAGGCAUGGAUUCAUUAAGGUGCUGGAAACCUUCCCCACGGUCUCAUUCUUGCUCAUUAGACUCAUUAGUUGCAUUCGGUCCCUGCAGACUACAUGUUACCAGACUAACUGUGGAGAUGUGGACAGUGAACACAAGACUGUUUAUCUCAUGCAUGCAUGAGCUUUUGGUAAACACCAUUCAUCUAGUGCCGCCAUUCAGCCAACCCCACAACGUCCAAGAGUUUCAGUUUUCAGAGUGUAUGUUCACCAAAACUAAAGUUUGAAAUAUCUGAACACAAAAUACAUUGUGAUUGUACAGUUAUCACUUCCCCUGUAUGUCAAAAAGUAUUUGCAAAUUCUGGAUUCUUUGUCUAAGUUUUAGACGACUUAAAAUGUCCCCUUUUUUUUUGUGGAAUAUUCAAUGUAUUAACACUGAACUCUGUCUAACUGGUGACUAUUAGUGUUUAUGCAUUUCUUCCCAAACUAUAUUUGGAUGAAAUCCAUGUUACUAUCAUUUAAACAUCAUUUUUCAUUUAAUACAUGAUGAUCAGACAAGAUCAUGUUUUGAAGCUGUUUUUUUUCUGUUAUCAGUGAUCAGUCUUGUGUCUUUUCUAUCAGGUCUGUUGGUUGUCUUAAGGAUAUACACACAAACAGGCUACUGCAACAAUUCUAUACUGUUUGAUAUUCAAUAAAGUUGUGGGAAAACGUG